AUGAGGGCGAGAUUUAUUACAGUAUUUUUGUUAUUGUUGCGUUUACAAUCAAAGCUAAUUUUCGAUAUUUAUCCGGAUAAAGGAAUUUUUUACGAACUUAAAUAUCUUAUAGCUAAGAGUUUCGAGGUACACGAUCAACCUCAAGUCUUGGAUGAACAUCCGAAAAGCUACGAUGUUAUUUCAUUUAUGGCGGCCAAUAUUAACGGACAAAAGCUGUUAAUAAAUUUAGAGCGCCGUCGGAGAGGUAUCAUGAAAGCUUGCUUUUACUUAUGGCUCCCGGAAUACGGUUUGUUGGCUUUGCCUAAACUGCCAGACAUGUUACAUUUUACAACGGAUGGUAACACGGAGAGCGAGGAAUUUAAAGGCAUUGGCUUUCAUAUUUACCCCGAAGAGCCGAUGAUACGUUGGCGUAUUAAAUAUGAAGGCUUACUAAAGCAAUUAGAUGAAGGAAACAAGCUCCUACAAGUUAAAUUGAAUUUGACCUUUAACUCAACCGGUAAAUACUUUAAUUACAACCGUGAUCUAAGUUUGGCAGUUAUAGCUGAUUCGUUAGCUCGCGAAGCUUGGAAUGAAGGUUUUUAUACAAUGCUGAAAAAUGUGGACAAAGUCUUGCAAAAACGUUUGCACUACGAACAAAAUGGUCAAUUAACGGGUAGCUUGGAAAUUUAUGAAAAGAUUGAUAAACUCUUUGGACAUAUACCCUUAACACUUAGCGGUUUUCGGGAUCAUAGUUUCGGUACCGAACGUUGUCUAUCCACUAUUAAUCGUUACGUUUAUGUGGCAUUGUUUUUAGAAGAUGGAUCCAGCAUGGUGGUGGGUAUUUUAAGUCAACCCUCAUUUUUCCUCUCUUCGCUAAAAGUGGGUUACAUAUGUUCCAAAGAUGGUGACUAUAAACCUAUAACGGCCUGCAAUUUUGAAUUGUACUCAUACGGUGAGAAGGGUACACCGCCGCGGCAUCAAAACUUUAUUGUUUACACUGUUGACAAGGACUAUUUUGUUCAAAUAAAAGUUCAAGAUUCAACCGAGCGCUACGCAGGCGGGAAUUGGGAAGCGAAAAUCUAUAAUCAAUUUGUCGCUUGCUGCAUCAAUGGUAGACAUGGUCACGGCAUUACCGAGUAUCUGUAUCGCCAUAAAGGUGGGCGCCCAGAGGAAGCGAGCUACUCCGAUCCGGAGUGGUAUAAAAGAGUACGAAAAUCUGAAGAUGAUAUCGAAGAUUUUGAUCAUAAUGAAUUAAAUUCAUUUUCUCCGUAGUUGAAAAGGCUGAUUUGAAAUUUUUUAAUAAAAAAGCAUUUAAAUGUAAACUAAUAUUUCAGAGCUUUCCUCUUUCAAUUCACAUUAAAGUAAUAUCGAAAUUUCGACCCUUCCAUACCUUGUA